AUGUAUGUAUUCAUAGAGAUUGUAAGUAAGGAGAUGAUCAGAUUUAUUUUGAUCCAAAAUCGGGCUGGGAAAACUCGCUUGGCAAAAUGGUUUAUGCAUUUCGAUGAUGAUGAGAAGCAGAAGCUAAUCGAGGAUGUGCAUGCCAUUGUAACCAUCCGUGACGCUAAACAUACGAACUUUGUAGAGGUAGGAGUACAAGAGCACCCGGUUUAGUUUCGAGUUUAGUUCCGGAGUUUUAAAAUCGUCUACCGUCGCUAUGCUGGUUUAUAUUUCUGCAUUUGCGUGGACAUUGGAGAUAACAAUUUGUACUACCUUGAAGCCAUUCACAACUUUGUCGAGGUUCUGAAUGAAUACUUCCACAAUGUGUGUGAACUAGAUUUGGUCUUCAAUUUUUAUAAGGUAACGCGCUCUCGCUCCUUUUAAUACUUUUUUAGGUGUAUACAGUUGUGGAUGAGAUGUUCUUAGCCGGAGAAGUGCGCGAAACGUCACAGGCCAAAGUCUUGAAACAACUGCUAGUCCUGACCUCACUUGAAUGA